AUGUUGGCCAUUGCGGACUUUGGCAUGCACAUCAUCCCGCAGGCGGCGCGACUGUUCAAGGCCCUCCGGGUGUACACCAACGGCGACUCGGAAGCGGCGGAGGCGCUGCGGAAGGCCAUCGAGGCGACCACUCUCCCGGCCACCGUCGAGAGCAGGAAGAUUGCCAGGUCCGCGCUCAAGUCGCCCGGUUCAUCGGCCUUCACGGUUGCCCUAGAGGGCGGGCAGCAGAAUACGGAGGGGUUCUUCGGCGCAUUCCAGACCCGCGGGUUCAGCGCGGGUUCAGAAGCACGGCUGGACCAGAUCGCGGCUCAUCCUGCCUUUGAGAUCAGGUUCCGUGAUGGUGCGGCUGCUGUCGAUUUGAUCUUCUUUCUCCUUAUUUCGUCCGAUGUCAUUCUUCCGGCGCCGCCUAAUGUGGAGAUCGGCGGCUGUACUGUCUCUCUUUAG